GCGCGCAGCGCGAGCGGCAGGCGGGCGGGCGGCGGGCGGCUCUCGCGCUCCCGCUCCGGCUCUCACCCGCACACACCCGCGCUCACGCCGGCACACACCCGCACGGCACACGCACACGCACGCCCGCUGGCCCGGGCAGCCCCGGCGCGGGGCACGGAGGCGGGGAUCCGGCGGGCGGAACGCGCCCGGCCCCGGAGCCCGCGCCCACCUCGGCGCCUUUGCGCUCCGCAGCGGCGCGCCUCGCCCCGCGGUCCCGCCAGUCCUGCCGGAAGAUGGUCAACGACCGGUGGAAGACCAUGGGCGGCGCUUCCCAACUUGAGGACCGGCCGCGUGACAAGCCGCAGCGGCUGAGCUGCGGCUACGUGCUGUGCACGGUGCUGCUGUCCCUGGCGGUGCUGCUGGCCGUGGCUGUCACCGGCGCCUUGCUCUUCCUGAACCAUGCCCGCACGCCCGGUACGGCGCCCCCGCCCGUCGUCAGCACCGGGCCGGCCGGCGCCAACAGCGCCCUGGUCACUGUGGAGAGGGCCGACAGCUCGCGCCUCAGCAUCCUCAUCGACCCGCGCUGCCCCGACCUCGCCGACGGCUUCUCCCGCCUGGAGGGCGCGCAGGCCUCGGUGCUGCGGGCACUGAGCGAGCAGCAGGCCAGGCCGCGGCUGGCGGGCGAGCAGGAGCAGGAGCUGCUGGACACCCUGGCUGCACAGCUGCCCCAGCUGCUGGCCCGCGCCGCGGAGCUGCAGGCCGAGUGCGCCGGGCUGCGGAGGGGCCACGGCGCUCUGGGCCAGGGGCUCAGCGCCCUGCAGAGCGAGCAGGGCCGCCUCGUCCAGCUUCUCUCCGAGAGCCAAGGCCACAUGGCUCACCUGGUGAACUCCGUCAGCGACGUCCUGGACGCCCUGCAGAGGGACCGGGGGCUGGGCCGGCCCCGUGUCAAGGCUGAUCUUCAGAGGGCGCCUGCCAGGGGAUCGCGGCCCCGGGGCUGCGCCAAUGGCUCUCGGCCACGCGACUGUCUGGACGUCCUCUUGAGCGGCCAGCAGGAGGAUGGCAUUUACUCCAUCUUCCCCACACACGACCCGGCCGGCUUCCAGGUCUACUGCGACAUGCACACGGGCGGGGGCGGCUGGACGGUGUUCCAGCGCCGGGAGGAUGGCUCCGUGAACUUCUUCCGCGGCUGGCAGGCCUACCGGGACGGCUUCGGCAAGCUCACAGGGGAGCACUGGCUAGGGCUCAAGAGGAUCCACGCGCUGACCGCACAGGCCGCCUACGAGCUCCACGUGGACCUAGAGGACUUCGACAACGGCACGGCCUACGCCCACUACGGCAGCUUCGGCGUGGGCCUGUUCUCCGUGGACCCCGAGGAGGACGGGUACCCGCUCACCGUGGCCGACUACUCGGGCACCGCAGGGGACUCCCUCCUGAAGCACAGCGGCAUGAAGUUCACCACCAAGGACCGCGACAGUGACCACUCGGAGAACAACUGCGCCGCCUUCUACCGCGGCGCCUGGUGGUACCGCAACUGCCACACGUCCAACCUCAACGGGCAGUACCUGCGCGGCGCGCACGCCUCCUACGCCGACGGCGUCGAGUGGUCCUCCUGGACCGGCUGGCAGUACUCGCUCAAGUUCUCCGAGAUGAAGAUCCGGCCGGUCCGAGAGGACCGCUAGACCGGUGCCCUCAGGCCCCGCCCCCGCCCCAUCCCCAUGCCCCGCCCCGCCCCAUCCCGCUCCUGCUGGAAUGUUCCACCCGCUGGCGCAUGGCUGACCGGCUUGGGCCGGCUAACGACACUGAGUCACCCUGGGCGGGGAGGUCACACGUCACCUCCACGCUGUCCCCACCCGCCCAAUUUGCCUCUGCUGAUGAGGGGCCGGGCAAACGACCCCAUAUUCUACCUGCCAGACUUUGGCUCCCGGGCUGUCUGCCGUCUCCUGGCCGGGAGUCUGCCACGCGCCCGGCAGGCCCCUCCAGUCCGAACACGCGGAGUUCCGGGGUGCGGAGAAGGGCAGAUACACCCCUGGAGCCCCUUUAGCCGAUCAGAGCACAUGGAUCUUUCUGAGUCGGAUGGAUCCGAGGCCAGCUCCUCUGGCCCGCCCGGCCCCUCCCUCGUUUCCAUGGUGCCUGGAGCUCCCACCUCUCCCCCCAGGACUGGGGUGUGGCUGAUGCUGGGGCUGCCUGAGGCCUUGGGCUGGGGCGAUGAAUCCUGCCGUGACCCCAGGCCAGGCUGGUGCAGAUGCCUGCGGAGACUCACGCCCCGAGGUGACCCCCCCCCCAUCCACCCUGUGUCCCCGCAGGCCUGGAGGUCUCCAGUCCCCUCGGCUGCCCUGCCCAGCCCCCUGCCUUCCUGGGGCAGCGCAGCCGCCCCGCCCAUGUUCUUCUGCCCCAGGAGGUGGAGGCAGGUCUUGUACCACUGGGCGGAUGAGGGCUUCUUGAUUUUCGGGGCUGCACCACCCCCACUACUGAUUUCCAGGGACUACAGGACCCCGGGCCUCCUGGGAGCAGGCCUGGAGUGUGGAGGCUGGACCUGAAGGGGUUUGGUGGCUGUCACCCCAUCAACCUGGAGACUGCUCUCUCAGUGGGGAGGUGGCCCCCUGCUGUGACUGUAGAUGCUGCCACCUCGGGUCGGGGGAAGGGACCUCACUGGGCAAAUGGGGGAGACUGAAGCACCGGCCAGGCCCUCAGAGGCAUUUUCUCAUUGAGUCUGCCCAGUGUGCUCUCAUUGGCGCCCUUCCCUCCUGGCCCCCAAGAACCACAGGUUCCCAAGGUCAGUGCUGCAAAGGGCAGGGUGGGUGCCAGCCCUCAACCCUGCUCAGCAGCCUCAGGCCCCUGACGCCUGUGUGGUCAGAACCGAGUGCAGGGCUGUUUCUCGAGUUCCCGCCUAGGAGGACCUGAUGGGGGCCUGUGAGAGGGCUGGGGAGUCAGCCUGGGGAGCUGCCCAGCCGGGGGCACCCUGGUGACCCCUCCCCAGGCAGGAGGGAGGGGGUUUCCCUCACAGGACACCCGAAGGCAGGUGAAGGCAGGUGAACGGGGGCUGUGGAGUUCAGCUCUCCUUUCCCCUUCUGCUGCAGUUUGUGCUUCAAUAAUAACAAGUCGGAGUUGGCCAGGGGCAGCAGGAAAGUUCCAGAGUGCCACUGGCUGGCGUGCGACCUGGCCAGUCCCCUCUCACCCCACCUGGUCAGCGGCAUUCAGCAAAGGUUUGCUGAACACCCGCUGUGGGCCAAGGCCUGCCCUGGGUGCCGGACAGGGUCACCUGCCCUCUUGGCACUCAGCUGGAAGCAGAGACGGCCCAGAAAUGGGGGAUCACAGCCCAGUGUGACCUGGGCGAGGGGGGUGGGUCAGCGUGGAGGAAGAUGUGAACAAGAUGACACCUGCCGGCCCCCUUCUCCAUCCUCUAGAAACCAAGGGCCAGCCCAAACCAGUGGCCUGGACCCUCAGCCAAGGAGCAGAGGCUGCGUCCUCAUCCCGGGGAGCCCCCCUCUGCCCCCCAGCCCCAGGCUGGAGCCGGCUUCUGCCGAGCCUUGCAGAGCCAGCCACUGUUUAGAAGGUGCCAGGCGCUUUCUGAUCUGUCAUCAAACAGUUCCUGGUGAGUGUGAUGUUAAGGGAUUCGCAGAUGUGCGUGUGCGUCAGGAGGCUCAGGGGCGCUCGUGCCAGGGCUUGGCCAUGGAACAGACAUGCCGAAGCUGGACCUGGCGGGCGGACAGGCAAGGGCGGCCUUCAGGAGCCUGUGGUCCAGGUCUCAGCAUCAGGACGACCUGGAGACACCCACUCCUUCCUGUCUGGGAGCACCGGCCCCAUGCCUAGCCCAGGCCUGGCACCACUAGGGGACAUGGCAGGACCAAACACUGGCUGGUGGGCACAAAGCCCGUCAGGGAAGGGACAGCCAAGGCCAGCACACCCCCUGUCCUAAGGGGCACCCCUGCAAAGGCGGUGCUGGGCACAGACAGGCCCUGCACACCGCUCGGGGCCAGGAGGCUCUAGUCUCAAGGAGCCCACAGUGUGAUGUCAGCGUGAAUAGCCGUCACGGGAGAUGGGCAUGGCCACAGGAACAAGGGGAUGCUGGGAGAGCCAGGGGCAGGGGCAGCUCCACUGAGACCUGGGGGAUGACAGACAUGUGCAAAGGGUCACCCAGGUCCUGUGGUCACUAUACCUGAACCCUGACCCAUGGGGCCCGAGUUGAUGGUUUGAUGGUGGGGUGCCUGUGGCCCCCCUAUGCCAAGGCACCUGCCCCUGUCCUUCUUCCUUUGAUGAGGAGCGAGCCAAGCAGGGAGGGGUCUGUACACCGGGGUCUUGAGGUGGUGCAUGUGUUGUCCCAAAAGCUUCUGGAAGUUCCUUUCCACAAGCGCAGGUAGGUUCUGUGGAGCCAGCCAGUGGCCUCAUUCCUUGUCCUCCAGACUGGGUACAUCUCUGAGAGUUGAACCAGAGGCCAGUUGGCUGGCCACCUGAGCUCCCCAAGUCCGGAGGAUGGACGGACCUUGUGUUUCCACCGGGAUGGCUUCUGCACCGUCAGCCGGGAAAUGAGGACUGAGCUGGGAGCGGUUCUCAAGUUGCAGGCCCCCUGCAGCCCUGUAAAUAGGUUGUAUAAUGGCUGUCUUGGGGCAGAAGCGAGGGCCCCAGUACCCACCUCUUGCUGGUCACCCCCACCCAUAUCCACGCAGGCCUCUGGCUGGCCUGGCUGCGGCCGGAGCCCGGAGGCUGAGCCCUGUCACCCAGGACUCACAGGCUUAGUGAGGCGUGUCAACAGCAACUGCCAGCUGCAUCCGCUACACCGGGAGGAGCGGGAGGAGGGGGGGAUGCCCUGUGUGCUGACAUGGGGGACAGGGAGACAUCAGCAAGGCCCACGGUCCUGUGGAGUUUGAAGAGCAACAUGCUGGCAGGAGGACACGUUCGGGGAUGUGCUGAGCCCAGAACAAAGGACACUAGGCGUUCGUCCAAGUGGCCGGGGCCUCCACUUCUUCAUGUGCUUGCAGGGAGAGGGCUGUCCCCAAACAGAGUGGGCCAAGCAGCAGGCAGGACUCUGCACACCUGGAGGGCUGAGGCUGGACUUCGGUGGGACUGCGGGCGUGACAGGGAGUGGGGACGGGGCUCUGACCUGGGGUCGGCCACAUUAGCCUCCCACCGUGCCAAGAGGCAUGCCUGACUGUCCACAAGGCUGGCAGGUGUGUGGGGGGCGCCAGGGUGGGGAGGGGACCCCAGGGCCAGCAUGUCUCUGACAGACAGAGCAUGGUGUUGGACAGUGCUAGGCUGGGCUGCGUGCACCUGGUGUCCCGUGUGUUCCUGUCCCCAAUAAAGUCUCAUGGUGACCUG